AUGGAGAGUCUGAGUGAGCUGCAGAACCCGCUGCUGCCUCGGAGCCCCGCCCACCUCCACCGCCCCUACCCCUACCCAGAGGCCUCACCCAGCUGGUCCUGCCAGGAGAAGCUCUACUCCUUCCUCCUAGGAGGUGCUGACCCUGCUCGCGCCCACCAGCUCCUGGACCCAGGGUCCCUGCAGCUGGCCGUAGAAGCCUGGUACAGGCCUAGCUGCCUCCUGGGGAGGGACAAGGUCAAGGAGCCCAGGGCAGGCAGCUGUGAGACCAGCUUCACAGAGAGCAGGGAGCCCCAGGCUGGGCCCACAGAGUGGUCCGCAGAACCUGGCCAAGCAGAAGAGGAUGUUGCCAUCCAGACUGUGUCCUAUGGGGUUCAAGAGGAGCUGCAGGGACAGGAGGACGACCAAGAGGAGGAGGAGAGUGACGCAACCUCGACAGAGAGCGAGAGUGAAGACAACUUCCUCACGCUGCCCCCCAGGGACCACCUGGGGCUCACCAUCUUCUCCAUGCUCUGCUGCUUCUGGCCACUGGGCAUCGCCGCCUUCUACUUCUCCCAGGGGACCAGCAAGGCCAUCUCCAAGGGGGACUUCCGCCUGGCCAGCACCACCUCCCGCAGGGCCCUCUUCCUGGCCACACUCUCCAUCGCCGUGGGGGCCGGUCUCUAUGUGGCUGUGGUGGUGGCUCUGGCAGCUUACAUGUCCCACAAUGGCCAUGGCUAG